UUCGAAAUCAACACAAUGAUAUCAAAUUCUCUAAGGAGUAUACACGUGUGAAUAGGUUUACGAAUUGUGAUCGCAACUCUAGUGCAAGUGAUUUAGUAACAUUUCGAGUGUUUUGAAGGAAGCAUUGUUGUGCUCUCAGGAUGUACUUUCUAGCGUUUCUCAUCUCUAUCUGCGUGUGCGUUGCCGGCUCACCUAUCGAAGAUGGCAAAUGGAAUCCUUAUAAAUACGGCGAUAAUGGCAAAUAUAUACCGACCGAUGAGGGAAAAUAUAUCCACAUACCGAAUCCCUACAUCCACAUAGAUAACCCUUAUGAUGGCGGAUACGGACCCUACUCCCAUGACUAUGAGCCCUACGUAGAGGCAGCUUCCCAAGAUGUCUACAGAUUGGUUCAAAAACCGCCUCAGGAGUUCAAUCCGUUCUACAAGAAGGGCUACUACGAAAAUAACGGAAUAAAAAUCAUCAACCAAAAGCACAAUUACGAAGAAGAUAAAUACGACUUUGUUUUUGAAACAGAAAACAAAAUCCGUGCAAAGGAAAACGCAGUAUUGAAGAAUCCAAAUACGAUCGACGAGGGAAUUGCAUCCAAGGGCUUUUAUGAAUACAUCGGACCUGACGGCUUCAUGUACAGAGUCGACUACACCGCUGAUGAAAACGGUUUCCGCCCUAAACUGAAGAGGCUAGAAACCCCUUACUCUGGAAAAUGGGUGCUUGAAAAGGUCAACUAAUAACUCUUUAUAGCACGAAAUACGAAACAGUUUCCUAACAAUCUCCUCAGACAAAUCAGUAUUUCAGAUAAGAAGGCGAUGCUGAAAUUUAUAUUCAAUUACAUAAUGCAUCAAUCACCGAUAUAAAUCUUUCACGAAUAUAUCAUUACGCUUUGCUCAGUUUUAUUUGAUAUAUACUGUGUUAUCCAAAUAGAAUGUUUCGAUUAUAAACUAAAAUUUAAAAACUUAUUAUGCCAUGUUUCAAGAAAUUUUGUCUACUUAGAAUAAUUUUUUUAAUUUAUAUAUUAGCUGUAAGUGCUUAGACUAAUCGAUUUUAGAUUCUUAUUUAUGAAUUG